AGCGGCCCUAGCCCAGUUUUGCAGGUGACGGCAGCCUCGUUCGAAAAGGACGUCUUGCAGAGUCCUGGCGUGGUAGCUGUGGCGUUUACGGCUCCGUGGUGCGGACAUUGCAAACGGCUAGAGCCAGUUUGGGACCAGGCAGCUCGUGAACUUGACGGACAAGGCGCUGUGCUAGCAUGGGUGGACGCCACGGCAGAAACAAGCCUUGCGCAGCGAUAUCAGGUCACCGGCUAUCCUACAAUCAAAAUAUUUGCCAAAGCUGGUACGAAGUCGUACGAGGAUGCGGAAGAUCACCAAGGAGAUCGGUCGGUAGAAGGCGUUGUAGAUUUUCUGCGAAUGAAGGUGGAUCGCGCCGGGAUCCCGCGCGAGAUUCCGGAGAUGGUCGAUAUGGCUACCCUGGAAAAGCACUGUGGUGGCCACAACCAUAUUUGUGUCAUGGUUGCUCUGCCCCAUAUUCUUGAGAGCGGGGCGGAAGGUCGCAAUAAGUAUCGUGGUGUUCUGGCCAACGUUUCGAAAUCCUUUCGCUCGUUUGGCUUUUUGUGGCUGGAAGGGUCAUCACAGCCCUCCUUGGAAAGCGCACUAGAAAUGACCUUUGGCUAUCCCGCUGUUGUGGCUUUGAGCUUGGAUCGCAAGGCCUACGCAGUCUUUCGGGGCUCGUUUUCUGAAAAAGGUAUCAGUGGCUUCUUGAACAGCGUCGUCACUGGACGCCAAGCUACCGUCCCAAUGACGUCUUUGCCAACUAUUGAGACGGUUACCCCAUGGGAUGGACUUGACGGUGCUCCUGUAGAGGAGGAAUUUGAUUUGUCGGAUCUUUUU